CCAUAGUGAAAACAGCAGCCAUCUAGUCCAGGCAGCUCUUUCAUUUUUCCUACGUUCAGCUGUUCAUCUGAAGAUCUUCUGGCGAAAAAUGGACCACUCCAAAUUUGUCUGCAUCACUGGAAGCUGGAGUUUCCUGAGCAUUUCGAUUGCCAAAAUGCUCCUGGCUAGAGGAUACUCUGUGCGUUUUACAGUUCCUUUAACAGCAGAUGAAGCAAGUUCUCUAAUGGACUGUGAGGAAAAAGCAUCAGGAAAACUGGAGUUGGGUGAAGCUGAUCUGCUGGAUUAUGGCAGUGUUUUCCACCAGAUCAAUGGUUGCUCAGGAGUUUUCCAUGUUCCUGCGCCUUGUGAUCUCAUUGGAGUGCAAGAUUAUCCUAGUGAUAGCAUAGAAUAUGAGAUAAGAAGUGCAUUGAACGUGGUUGAAGCUUGUGCUACCUCAGAGAGUGUGAAACGUCUCAUUUUUACAUCCUCUGUGUCUGCCAUUGUUUGGAGAGGACAAGGUGGUACUGGUGAGAACCAAGUUUUGGAUGAGAGGUGCUGGACAAAUCCUGAUUUCUGUCGUCAAAACAAGUUAUGGUCUCCAUUAACAAAGACACUUUCAGAGAAAGCUGUUUGGGCGCUUUCAAAUGAUAGAGGCCUUAAUCUUGUUGUAGUGAACCUUGCAUCCGUUGUCGACAAAGAGCCAUCCAAGCAUAAUGCACAUAAUUUAGUGAACCAACUAAAAGGAUCUAUGGCACUUCAACAAAAUGGUGUAUGUGCAUAUGUGGAAGUUGAAGAAGCCACACUUGCACAUAUUGCUGCAUUUGAAUAUGAGGAUGCCAAAGGGCGAUAUAUAUGUUUGGAAAGGAUGUUAACGAAUGAUGAAAUAAAGGAAAUUCUAUGGAGUUCAUAUAAGACUUCAAAUGAUGGAUUGGAGGAAUGGAUACGCCCCUUGAACCUUUCGAAUCAGAAAUUUUUAAAACUAAAAAGACAAUAUUCUGGAGAAUUGGCUUAGAUUUGAGCCUAUGUUUGAGUGCUAAUAACUAUUUUAAUUAAAUAAACAUUUAAAAGUGAUAAUUAUUAUGAAUAAUGUAUUAAUUUCUUCAUUUAUUUGAAGUAGUAGGUUUAUGAUACAAAAAGACAAUGACAUGUAAUUUUUAUAGUACUUUUGCACUCUUUCUUUGGUUCCUUCUUUUGAAAAGGGUACACUAUUUUGGUAUUUAAAUAUAUAAAUAAAAUUCAUUUCA